GCUGCCAGGAAGAGGGGGGUGGACUGUGUGGUCGCUCCCUAUGAAGCCGACGCUCAGCUGGCAUUCCUGAAUAAAGCGGACAUUGCCCAGGCCAUCAUCACAGAGGAUUCGGACUUGCUAGCCUUUGGCUGUAAGAAGGUGAUUUUGAAGAUGGAUAAGCAGGGCAACGGUUUGGAGAUUGACCAGAACCACCUGGGCCGCUGCCGCCUCCUGGGGAACGUCUUCACAGAGGAAAAGUUCCGACAUAUGUGCAUCCUCUCGGGCUGUGACUACCUGGCCUCGAUCUACGGCAUCGGCCUGGGCAAGGCCUGCAAGCUCCUCAGGAUGGCCAACAACCCCGACAUCCUUAAGGUGAUUCAGAAGAUGGGCCAGUACCUGAAAAUGAGUAUAACUGUUCCAGAUGAAUAUUUGGAGGGAUUCGUCAAAGCCGACAACACCUUCCUCUACCAGCUGGUGUUUGACCCCAUUAACAGGAAGGUGACUCCGCUGAACCCCUAUCCAGCAGGCAUUGAUCCAGCCACCCUUGGCUACGCCGGGUUAAAUGUGGGGGAUAAAAAGGGUUUACAGAUGGCCCUGGGAAAUGUCGAUUUUCACACGUUAAAAAAGAUUGAUGACUUCGAUCCGGAUCGUACAUGUUUACAGCCUCCCAAACCUCGCAGUCGAAGUUGGAACGAUCGCCAAGACAAUAAGACACUCCAGCAGGCGAGUAUAUGGAGCAAACGGUACGUCCCAGGCCUUACCAACGCGCCCAGUGCCUCACCUGUCAGAGAGAAGCUUUCCCCCACCAAGGGGAAGGAACGAGUGGUCAGCGUGAAAGGCCUGAAACUCCCUCACAAAGAACCACAGGUCAAGAGACCCAGAGAAGACUCCAGUGUUUCAGAGGAUGACUUGCUGCAGCUGUACUCUUCCUCGGGCCAAAAAAGGCCACGCACCGAGAGCUCACCCCCCGCUAGAACCCCAGAGACCAGGGGCAACAUGGAGAACAAAGCUCCCGCUGGGAACACACCACGGAACCGGUUUGCCACAUUGCUGCAGAAGAGGAACCAAGCGGGGAGUGGAGCCGAAGAACCCCAGGGAACACUCAGCAGGUUCUUCCACAGCAACAGCAGCAGCAGCAGUACAGCAGCGGAGAGUGCGAGUGGUGCACCUCCAGCAGCGGACGACUCUUCUCCGGGGGGACCCACCGAGCAGUGCAGCCAGGUCUCAUCAGAGGGAUACUCCACGCCAAAGAGGGAAGCCGACGACGCGCCGCUGGUCUGUGAGGAGUCCUGCAGCCCGCCGGCUCCUCCCUCUGCCCGGCCAGCUAGUCAGGGCCUUGGGGUGUUCAGCUGGACAGGCAGCUCCUCCUGCCCCUCCUCCUCCUCCUCCUCCUCCUCCUCCUCCUCCUCCUCGCGUCAGCCCAGCACCCCGGCCCCGUCAGGCCUCGCUAUCCUGCAGCAGUUCCAGAGGAAGAAGGAGACCUGGGCCGGCUCAGUCCGGGGGCUGCAGGUCCAGCGCCAAACUUCCUGUGUGUCAGAUGAGGAAGAGGAGAGUGGGGACGUGCCUGAGAGGGUGAGGUCGCCCGACACGCCACCCUCUCAGGACAGCGCCUACUUCUCCCAGCCCAACAGCACCUAUGACAGCCUAGAGGAAACGCCCACGUCCUCCUUCACGCGGCUACUGGACGCCUCCACUCCCUCUGAGGAUGCGGCUUCUCACCGGAGCCCAGAAGGAAGCCCCACAAACACCUGCAGUCCAGAGCAGAUCAGGUCCACCCCCAUGAGGACAAAGGUGGCAGGCCUUCCCCGAGUACGUCCCUCUGAAGCGAGGAAAGGGGGUAAGAUCCGCACCUCGGCUCCGGCGCGGGCCAGCGGCCUACGCAAGAAGCCUGCAGGGCCUGGGAGGAGUUCUGGCAACGAUGAGAACCAGCCAGGCGUGCAGGCCACCAUCAGCGGCCUGUGGAAGAGCUUUGGAUUCAAGAAAGACACCACCAAGAUGGCUCCGUGCAAGAAAGGGGAGCCCAUGUCGCCAGUGAAGGAGAACGUGCCCCUCUAGCACUGGGAACAUCCACCUCACCUGUGGAGAGGCUUCUGGUCCAGCGGAAUGGAGCCUUUCUCUCCAAUGUGCUCUUUCAAGGGCUUCGUGCUGCCCAACUACUGUAAACAUACUAUGUAUGUCGAAGCUGAACAAAUGAAAUGUUAUUGGAUCUGACCUGUCCUUUUGAAGUGUUGUUUUUUUUAUGUAAAAUUAAUAAAAC